GAUAUUUUGUAAUGUCAAUCAAACAAUUUUGGAGAAAGAUUCCUUCCUCUUUUUUCCCGCAGCGAAGAUCCCGCACACCCUGACAACUAAUCCUCAAUAUACAUUCCUCAUACAAAAUGCACCUUAUCACUGUGACUGAUGAUAUUAUUAUUAUUGUGUGUGACAGAAGCCUGCAGCCUGCAAUUCAGAAAGAAAAAUUCUCAAGAACAGUGACAUACGUAUACCGUAUGCAGACACCCACUCUUUAGUGUGUGUCUUUAUCCGUGUGCGUGUGUGUGUGUGUGUGAGAGAGAGAGAGAGAGAGAAGUGUUCUGGUUUGUCGCGAUUUAUGGGGCAAGAGGGAUAUGAAGCUUCACUGCUGGGAAGUGAUGGGAAUUCCAGCAGAAAGAGAAGGUGGAGCAGAGCUUUGUGGUUGCUAUUUCUUGCACUUGUAGCCAUAUCUUUGUUUGAGUUGUUCCAGGCCUUGCUCUAAGAGGGGACUUGAACUUCUUGGAGGGAAGAAAUGAUCAGAAGUCCAGAGGCAGAUUUCCAGUUAGUAAUAGUGAUGUUGUUGAGUCGGAGCAAGCAGUUGUUGCUGCUGAUGAUGGCCGUUGCUCUGAAAUUGGCGUGACUGUACUCGAAAAAGGCGGGCAUGCUGUUGAUGCCGCUGUUGCAACAGCACUGUGCCUUGGGGUUGUUGGUCCGAUGUCAAGUGGAAUUGGAGGUGGGGCAUUUAUGGUCAUUCGAUCUUCAGCAACCCCAGGUGCUCUUGCUAUUGAUAUGAGGGAAACUGCUCCAGCAGCUGCUUCCCAGAACAUGUAUGAAAAGAAUGCGGGAGCCAAGUAUCAGGGUGCUCUGUCGAUGGGUGUUCCCGGUGAGUUAGCCGGGCUUCAUACAGCUUGGUUGAAAUACGGGCGUAUGCGUUGGAGGACUUUGUUUGAACCUGCCAUUAAACUUGCAAAAGACGGGUUCACAGUGCGUGCCUACCUUGGAGCAAGUAUUGCUGAAAAUGCAAAAAAGAUAAUGGCUGACCCUGGCCUACGUCAAGUCUAUGCCCCAAAUGGGAAACUGUUAAAAACUGGUGAUACAUGCUACAAUGUGGAGCUUGGGAAAAGCUUAGAGGCAGUAGCAGAACAGGGACCGGAAGCCUUUUAUAACGGAACAGUUGGUGAAAAACUGAUAGAAGAUGUGAAAAAAGCAGGUGGAAUAUUGUCGAUGGAGGAUCUAAGGAACUACAGAGUAAAUGUCGCAGAUGCAGUCGUUGUAGAUGCAAUGGGGUAUAAAAUAUUAGGAAUGCUGCCUCCUUCUAGUGGAACAGUUGGGCUUGCUCUGGUCCUGAAUAUCUUAGAUAGUUAUGGAAGUCGAGAUGCUGCUGCAGGUCCUUUAGGCUUGCAUCGUCUGAUUGAAGCGCUGAAACACAUGUUUGCUGUUCGGAUGAACCUUGGAGAUCCUCGUUUUGUUGAUGUCACUCAAACUGUGUCCGAGAUGCUUUCCCCUUCUUUUGCUAAGAGGAUUCGAGAAAGGAUAUUCGACAACACCACAUUCCCUCCUGAAUAUUAUAUGCCUAGAUGGAGUCAACUUAGAGAUCACGGAACUAGCCACUUUUGUGUUGUAGAUUCAGAUCGAAAUGCUGUAUCAAUGACAACGACAGUGAACUAUGCUUUCGGAGGUGGGGUGCUCUCCCCUUCCACCGGUAUCAUUCUCAAUAAUGAAAUGGAUGAUUUCUCCAUACCAACUGAUAUAUCCCCGGACAAGCUCCCUCCAGCUCCGCCUAAUUUUAUUAGGCCAAACAAGAGACCCUUAUCUUCCAUGAACCCUAUAAUUGUCCUCAAGGACAAUCAGUUAGCUGGGGUUAUCGGCGGCAGUGGUGGUCUAAACAUUAUUCCUGCAGUGGUCCAGGUAUUUAUAAACCAUUUUAUCUUGGGCAUGGAGCCUUUAGCAGCUGUUCAGAAUGCAAGAAUCUACCACCGGUUAAUACCAAACGUCGUCUCGUACGAAAACUGGACAGUAGUCGAUGGAGAACACAUCGAACUUUCUGAAGAGAGAAAGCAAUUCUUGAGAGAAAGGGGCCAUCAACUGCGGGCAAAAGCAGGGGGUGCAAUAUGUCAGCUUGUUGUCCAAAAUCUUACAAACAGAGUGGAGUAUUUGGGCCGAAAAGUGAAAAAUGAGAAUGUGUUCCAUGGAAUACUAACUGCUGUCAGUGAUCCUAGGAAAGGCGGCUGGCCGGCAGCUAUCUGAUGCUCCACUUCCUUAAAACACAUGAUUGUUUAUUGUUUUAUGCAAUGAGACAAUGUUGUUAGCUUAGUAAAAUUUAGGCAUUCGUAAAUAUAUAUACAUGGAUGCUGGUGUAGUAGCUGGGAUCCUUCGCUACGGGCUUCAGCCACUGUGUUACUCCUCAAAGACUCUGAAGCAGAGAGCUGGGGAAAGGCUUAAAACUGCCUGAUUCUUGAUACAGUGAAUAAUGUUCAAUGUGGUUGUAUGUA